AAAUUUUUUUGGUCCUAGUCGGGCAGAAUCCCGAAAAGUCGGGCAGAAUCUCGAAAAGUCGGGCAAUUUUCUUUCCGCCCCCCCAAUUUUUUCCUUCCGGUACGCCCAUGAAGCUAUAUACAAUUGUUUUGUUUUUUGGUUGUGGGAAAAAUUUAAAAAAAAAUAAAAUGCGGGCUUUCCCAAAAUAAAUGGUAUUUAUAAAUUAUAACAUUUGUAUUACAAGUUUUUACAAGUGUUUUCUACAAACAAAUCACAAAGAAAUUUUAAGCAUAAAAAGUGGAAGCACUGAUCAGUGGUUCAAUUUGUAUUUUGUAAACAAAGACCGCCAUGGCGAAGCAGUUUUCAUGUUUGCUUUUUUUCUUGGCUUCUUUCUCCGCUCUUUCGCAUGGAUUGAGCCUCUUAAACGAAACUGUAAAAUGUCGAAGUUUCUGUGAAAAAACUUAUCCACCACAUACGUAUCCAACGGUAAGCAGAACCGUAAUUUACAGACCAAAUUUUGACGAUGUUUUUAUGGCACUAAAUGCCACUGCGUUCGCAUUUGUCUUUUUAGUAUUCCUGUUGUGAUUCGAUUCUUGUGCCUAUAAUAGAUCUAUAACAGUGUAUAUUGUUUUCUCCAUCAUUUCUAAAGGUGAAACAUCUUCAAGCUUGUCAACAAGGCUGUUACAGUGCAGCCAAACAAAAAUCUUGGUCUGCUUUGGGAUUUCGCCUUGUCCACAAUUGUUCGCAAGGUAAAAUGGCGUGAAUUCAGCUGUAUCGAAAUUUUAAUAACUUGAUACCUAGCUCUAAUUGAAGAAUUAUCGAAGUGUUUAUACCUUUUUAGUAACCACAAUUGCUUUUAGUAUCUAAAACUCGCGUCUAUGUGAAACUCUUAUCUAUAUCUAUUAAUAGUCAUAUACAAAUAAUACAAUUACAAACGCCCGGCAGUCACGCAAUUUGCACUUGUUUACUACUUUAAUACUGUAAUUGUAUUUAUAUUUGCUUUUCUUUGUAAAGUAGACCUUCUUGUUUUUAGAGACGAAUAACCUCGUGAAAUUAUUGCAUUUUAGAAAUAUCAAAGUUAAAAUUGUUCAUGAUUUAUAUUUUGUAAUAUAUUUUCAGUUUUAUAUAUAGUUUUAAAAAACAUAUAAGUUGUAUAAUUAUGUUCUUUUACUAGAAUGUAAAGACCAGUUUGCCACAGGAAGUUAUUAUGCUUGCAAGUUAGGUUGUACCAAAGGAAAGAAUAUAGAACAAGAACCUGCAGAUACUCCGGCCAGGAAACCUACCCCACCUGAAGAUGUAAGAGUAAUUUGGACCAAGGAAAAUAAUUAUCACUUUUUGACUGAAACCAAGGGAAACGGCAUUGAGGAGGCCACAAAACACAAUUUUAUCCCUAGGUCUCAGUAAAUAAAUGUUUUAUUAUAUUGCAAAAGUCAAAGUCUCGGUAAUUCACCUGGUAUUCCAAAACUAUAAUAAAAUCGACUGGCAGACCUGCUGAAACACGUGAAAAACCUUUGCUUUAAACUUGCUGGUUGACACGAACAGCUCACACCUCACUUCCAGUUUUUAUUACAGUAUUUACCGGUCAAUAAUUGUUGCCCCCUCGCCAAAGCAUGCAGUGAACAUGACGUUUUGUGGACCUGCAUGUGAUACGGUUUUGACCAAUCAGCAAACAGAAAAAUUGAAUUUUGACACUUGCUAUAUAAUAAUUCAUACUUAUUGACUGGGACUGAGGGAAAUGGUAUGUUUUGUCGACCCAAGACUGCAAAUAUUUGGCAGUCGAGGGUCCACAAAACAUACUGUUUCUCGAUAGUUGCAGUCAAUCAGCAUUUUUUACAUAUCAGGUGUCAAAGAAAACGAAAAUAAAUAGGAACUUUCCAUAAUUGUUAGGGAAUUCUAUAAUUGGUAUAGAAACACUUUUAUUCCAUGGAACUUGUUAGAAUUACAGUAACCAUUGAAAUGACAUGAAAUCCCAUUUUCUUGUGAUUUAACAACCAUUGGCAAUCAAAUACACAAAGCGUCAAUUUUUUGUCCACUCAGCUUGUAAAGCAAGUUUUCCGGAAUAGGACAGAAUAUAAUUUUAUAAUUUUUAGGGGCAAGAGUUUCAAAAUUCACAAAAAAAUUGUGAGUCGACUUUUUCUCUCUAAUUUGAACCCUGACUUUUUAAAUUGUGUCAUUUCAGAAAACACCCAGCUGACUUCUCCCUACAGAGGACGUCCUAGUAUAUUUUACUAUUAUCAAGAGUAGAUUUUCACAUCCCUUUGAGAGAACAGAACUUUGUAGGGGGGAGUGUGGGUAUUUUCUAGGAAUGACCCAAUUAAAAUGGAAAAGGCUGAGUACUGUACUUUCAAAAAUGCACAACAAGAGUUACAAAGUUUCUAAUUCAUUCUGUGGUGCACUACCAGUAAUCAUCUUGCCAAACUUACCUUAAUUAACAACCAUGCAUUUCAACUUACCAACUACUGUAGCUUUCUCCAUCAUUUUAGAUUUUUAUCAUCUCUCCAAAGUUUUUGUGUCAACCAAUACAGUUCUCUUCCAGUCGGCUGCUCUGAUGCUCUCUCAUCAAACUUAUUUUAACCCAUUGAGUGGCAGCACUCUCCCCUUGAUGAGUACAAUUGUCUGGCAUUAGACAAAAUAAAAUAAUAAAGUAGGCCACAUCAGGGUUAAGUAAUUUCACAUAAUUUCUUCUCUGCAGGAACAACAAAGCACAGUUGCAGCUAUGAUCCUUCGUCCAGUCCUUCUCUUGCACACAUAUGGCCGUGGUAUGAUUAACAGGCUCACCUAUUACAUACAAACCUCCACCUCAUAUUAUUUCCGCACUAACAAUGGAGGAAUAGUUGUUGUCAACAUCCAGGUAAUUUAUUAGUAAUCUAUUAUAUAACUAAGUAAAUUAUUAGAUUUAUGAAAUAAUUAGUCACUUAAAAUGAACAGUUUCGUUCUCAAGGGAGCAAAAUGAACCCAAUGAAUACCAUCCAGGGCUGCAAAAAAUAUUUUAUUUUCUGGACCAACGACAGCAAAUCUUGUGGUUUUGAAAAUGUUAUCACAACUAAAUAAAAUUCUGUGUAUUCUAGACAAAAUUCUAGACAUCAUUUCAACUUGAAAAGACCUUAUAUUCCAUCCAGCAUGGCUACCAAAUAAACAUUCUUUUAUGUUAUAAAUUAGCCCUUCUAUAAAUUAGCUUAUCUAUAAAUUAGCUUAUCUAUAAAUUAGCUUAUCUAUAUGAUCUAUAGUAAACUAAGUAAAGUAUGAUUGUCACUAAAAUUAGUAAAAUACACUUUCUUUCCUUUACGACUUUUUACGUUGAAACCUUCUAUGGUUCUACCUUUCUGCCAACCUCAAAAAUUUUCUAGGACUAAUAGUCCUGUGGUCCACUAUACAGGCCUCGAAUUUAGCGGUGGCCACUGGCCGUCGAUGCCCUGCUUGUUGGCCGCUAUGCCCUCGAAAUAUACUGAAAUCCACGGCCAGUAGUGGCCUGCCCUCAACCCCAGACUACAGUACUUAGAAUACCAAGUGUAUCGUUUGUAAAAUUGGCAAUAAAUUUAAAAUAGUAUUUAAAUACACCUUUCUGUCAGUCUGUCUGUUGAAUCAUGUGAAAAUAUCCAUUUUUUGAAUAGUGCUGCUAUUCUGUAUAUUUUCUUGUCUCAUGGAAACUUAGUUAUUUGAAACUUCAAAAUAGCAACUGAAUAAAAUUUUCAAACUGGCCUUGAAUCUUGAUGCCCUGUGUACUGGCCUUGAUGCCCUUAAAAACUUAGUACGGUAACAUUCAAGGACAAACUGGCCUUGCCUUUAUUUUUCUCAAAAUCGAGGCCUGACUAUACGUAUAACAGGAACAUGGACCUCUACAGAGCAUUUUUAAACAGAGCAUUUUUAAACUGAUAGAGCUGUAGAUAAUUUGGAUUACCCAUUGCCAGUGGUUAUCAGACACUUGCCAUUUACAACAAUCUAUCAAAAAAAUAGACAACCAGUGAAUAUACAUUUAGUACUUAAAUAUGUUAGGUUUACAGUAAUCCAUUUGCUAAAUACUGUAUGCUCUUUGAAAUUGUCAUUAUGGAAUAAAUUGCUGCUAAGUUACUAUACUGAAUUCUAAAGUAUUGAAGACAAUUUUUAUGUGUAUGUCUGUAUGAUGAUUUAUUGAAAUUGUCAAAUGGCUAGCUGCUGUAUGUUUCAGCCAUUAGUAAUGAAUUGUUGUAAAUAUGCUCACCCACUGAUGCAAGUAAUGACCCAGUUGUAUACAUACUGAUAUACACAUUGAGUCAGUUGCUAUUUAUCAGAAUGUAUUUUAUGUUUGUAGGAUCAGCCACAGGUGUUUGUGUCUUCCAAUUAUUAUGAUCAGUAUCCAGCAACCCAAAAUGAUGAACCUGAUACGCAGAGUGGACAGAAGGAUCAAAGUAUGCUAAGUAUUGAUUUUGUUUCACAUCCCUGAUCCAUGUCUUAUACUCAUUUUUUAUUUAGUACACUUAUAAUUAGAAGAUCGCCACUCCUAUUUUUUAUCAGAAUAAAAUGAAAUUUAAUUCAAAAUAAUAUCAAAUAAUUACUAUAAUAUAUUACAAAAAAUAUCAUGAUAUAUAUGUAAAAUAUGUUGUGCUGGUUUAUUGCAGUAUUGCUGAAAGUAGCUAAGUAUCUGUCUAAUUAAAUAACUAGUUUAAUCAGAAUUUGAAUUUCAUCACCGACGGUAUUUGUUUAUAAAUCGGUAACCGUUACUGUACUACAGAACAAAUUACAGAAAAUGUUAGCAGACUACAGAAGCGGGAAAGUUCUUGUAUUUUGACUUUAAGCAUCACACUAGCUAUUGUUUGUUUUUCAGCAGCACCUGCAGGUUAUAGUGAACAGCAUGAAUCAUGGAUCGUUGUCCGUCGUGGUCAUCAUUGGCUUCAUUGUGUAUCUCAUAAAUCUGGAGUUCCAAUGUGGAUCUUGAGUAGUAUCCUUUUCCUCUCUUCAUUCUUCCUACUCUGGUUAUGUUGUGCCGCUACACUCACCAAUCCUUCUACUAAGAAAUCUCACAGGCCAGAAAAGAAGGUACGAUUGCGUCUGAAAUUUUUUGUUGUACUGCGGUUCUUUGAUAUGUUCAUUUGUUGGUGUUAAUUAGAGAAUAUUCAGAGCAAAAUCUCCCAGAACUAAGUAACCCCAAAAUAGUUGGAAAAACCUAGCACAUACAUGCAGUAGCAAUAUCUAAACAACAUUUAAGAACAGCAGUUCUACUAUAAAUACUGCCCGAGAGCGCCCGGAGAUAUACAAGAUAGUAUAAAUCAGUGAAUGAUCCUUUCUGAGUCUGUGCAUUAUAAAUGUAAAUAUAAUUAAACUAAAAAAAAAACAAGAUACAUUUAUAUACUACACAAUUUUUGCCUAAAACUGUCGCGUGCAACCUGCUUACAACUUGUCAGUUGUACUGUGUGAAUCAUGCAAGCAUAUACAACUUGCCUACGUUGUAGGUAAGCAGGUUGCAUGCAACAGCUUUAGGCGAAAGUUGUGUAAUGUAAAUCGGUCUUAUAUAAGGUGGAACUAGCACACUAAAUUCAGUUAAAGAAGUGCAUUUUUAGGCGCUGGUUCUUUGAUUUCCUGUGAAAGGGUUAACGUGCGUAAGCAAUGCAUGUUAUUAAAGUAUCCAUUGUGGCAACUAACACUUGACGUUUAUAUAUUUAAGUAUAAAUUUCCGUUGUUUUCAAGGCUUUUCUUAUCAAAGAGUUCUUGUCAGCAUCCGAGAAGAAAGAUGGCCUGGAUGUUCCUUUGCUCAGUUUAGACGAGAAGGAAGCAGAAGCAUUGCCUCGUAAAGACAAACCUGCUUCUGUUAUCUCAAUUUAAUUUCUUCGCACUUCAUAUACUAGCCUCUUCAUUUAAUCUUGAAAUUCUUGUAUAGGGAAUAUUGCUUUUCAAAAUGUAUUGCAGGAAAGGAUCGUGUAUAACUUUGUUUGUGGUCAAUAUAUAUGUACUGUAUAGUUAAGGAAUAUUUAUUUUGUAGAAUUAGAAUUUCGCUAGACUCUGUUAUUAUUAUUUUAUUAUUAUUAUUAUACCAAAAUAGGGGUAACAUUUUGUAUCAUAGUUUUCUCGGGUAUUAUUGUUAUUAAACAUCGCACGAAUUAUUCUUCGUGUUGUUUUACU